AUGGUGAAUAGCUGGCGUGUCCUCACGCGACCGACUCGACAACAGCAACCUUUUGCUCAUCAGCCCCCGCCCCCUGGAGUUUCCCGCCAAAUCCGGCAGCACCAAACACACCCCCGGCACCCCCCCGCAGCACCGUCCUCCGGCCGGAUGGAGAUCGACCAGCCCAUCCCCAGGGUGAACGCCGAGCUGCUGGCCAGGCACGUGGGCCGGAAGGUGCGCCUGGCCGGCAGGGUGGACGCCAUCGAGAACGGGCGCCUGACGCUGGCGGCGUGCGACGGGGGCCGGGUCGUGGUGGACGUGAACCCGACGCGGCCGUACACGACAGCCUUCGCGGAGGUAGUCGGCGUCGUCAAGGGGCCGGGGCACCUGCAGGAGGUCGAGCACGACAACUGGGGAGAGAAGUUCGAUAUGCAAGUACACAACGAGCUGAUAAAGCUGGCAAACGGCACCUUCUCUCAGCUGUUUGCCAAAGUCUGA